AUGGCGAAUGCAUACAGCGAAAGCGAUUCUUCAUCAAUUUGUAGCGAUUGCAGUACUUCAUCGUCUGCUCUCAGCCAAUUUAUUGCUGCCGAUUACGAUAGUGGUGAUGAUGAUGAGUUAUUCGGCGAUGUUGGGGAUCCAGAGUCAGUUCCUGGACCGAUAGAACCCUACAUGUUUGAACCCGUACCUGAACAAGUGGAAACACCCGUGACCAGCAUGUUGGAGACGGAGGCCAUUAUUUUCAAGCACUGUCACCCACUGAACACUAUAAAUGAAGAGCCUACCUACCUACCAGUACCAUCGCCAACUAUCUACCGGUGCCACUGCGACAACUGCCAGAUCCAGCAAAAAGAAGAUGAAUGUACGUGCUGCCACGAGAUCCAAAGGGUCCAAGACAAGAUGGCAGAGAUAGAGGCCGAGGGGACAACAUGUAUCAUCCAACACCCAGUUUGCCUGGACCAUCAUGUCCUGCAGGUGGCCUGGCUUCAAUACAGACAGCAGUAUGGUCGGGCAGCAUAUGAUGGGCCGUAUGAGAAGAGGAUGCGGCACAUAAGCUACAGACAGUUAGCGAAGUGGUGUUGGGGGUUUCUGGGGCGGGAUGUCCGUGUGGUUUUGCCAUCAUGUGCAGUGAGUCGGACAAGGGCACAGUUCAUGCCCCCCGUACUCGAGGAGGAUGCUGAAUUCAGAGGUUUUCAUCACGGGGACUCUGACUAG